AUGGUAGUAAAGCUGGACUACGACCGCGACUACUAUGCGGACCUCGAACUGUCCUCCACGGCCGAUGUCGUCGAGGUGAAGAAGCAGUUCAAGAAGCUGGCCCUCAAAUACCACCCCGAUCGCAACCCAGGAAAAGAGGACGAGGCCAAGGAUCGCUUCAUCCACAUCCAAGCCGCACAUGAGGUCCUCACCGACGUGUCCAUGAAGGCCAAGUACGAUGCCUACCGGAAACGAGCAUCAGCUUCUGUCAGCAGGUACGCGACUGCCUCUGGCCACCGCGGAAACCCCUACUCCAACGUCUCGGCCGAAAUGGCAGACCGAUAUGGCGCCCCUCCCACCCGACGAACCCCUCAUAUGCCGUCUCGUCCCGACCCCGGUCCGUCGGCACACGCACGCUAUUCGUCUUGGGCGACACCCUCGUCCUCCUCAUCCUCCAGACCGGUUCCCCCCAAAACGGCCUCUGCUGCCGACAAUCUGCGCGCUUGGGAUGCCAUGCGCUCAAGCGCCAAGACAGGCCAGACAUCUUCGUCAACCCCCAAGUCGUCGGGUUAUGCGUCAGCACGAACGGAACGGACCGAACGGACCGAAAGCGCCAGGAGGGAGCCGCCUCCCGUACCACCACGGACCGCGGGGCAGGCACGUCGUGCCGAUGCUGCCUUUGGUACCACCAGACGGGCUGGCUAUUCACCGGAUUCCCCAGUCGGCGACGAGCCACCCGUGUCGAGGCACAACUACACUUCCAGCGCCCACUACACGGCCACCACCAACAUGUUUGAGGAUACCGCCGCUAACAUCAGGAAAUCACGGCCGCAAUCGAGUCCCACCCCCGUGGACCCCUUGAGCGAAAAGUUCAGCGAAACCUACUUGGACAGCAGGCAACGGACCCCCUAUGCCUCGCAUAUCGGCGAAAAGUUCAACCCGUUUGAAGGUGCCAACGUCAACCGCGCAAAGUCCAUGAAAGACCCAUCCCGGCCCACCCAGGAAUCCGAGGAAGAGGCGCCCCCUCCGCGCUCGUCGCGACAACGCAGCGCUAGUGUCGGUGAGUCCAACAGCUUCGGGAAGGCGGCCAACGGCGGAACCACAUGCUCUGGAACCUCGAAAGCUGAGCCGCGAGCCAGCGCGCGUUAUUAUGCCCAGGAAGCUGAACCCAGGUCAGCGCCCAAUACAGAAGCCAACCCUACGCCACGUGCGUCCACCUCAUCUAUGAGGAGCAACUCGAACGCUCAAGCCCCAACCUCGGAAUCGGCGCAGCAGGAUGGCCCCAAAGUGUACGCCCCAUCUCCUUUCUUUAAACCCGAUGAAUACUUCCAACAAACCUCCUCUUUCGGUCAACCCAGCAAGAUUCGACCGCCGCAUGUGUUCAGUCGUGCCGGCGCGGGAAGUUACCGCGGAAGAGCUCAUGAAGAGACGGCAAAUAACCGGGCGUCUCAUGGCAGGAACACUCCGAGUGGAGAUCAGUCGACCUCCGGGGACAAGUCUUUGUUUGAAAAGGACAUGCAUGACCAGCUGCAGCUUCUCCUGGGAAGGCGUAAGAUGCAUUCACGGAGACAGCAUAUCAAGCCGAUCGACGACCCCCUCUCGCCCAGAAAGACGAACGCACACAACAGGGUCCAGAAGCAGCGAGCGACUAACAGCGUAUACCCCCAUAGUUUCGCCGUCCCCGACGACGAUGGAUAUACCCCGAAGCCGCAGGCGUCGGCCGAUUUUACCCGCAGUGGCGUUCAUAAUAUCAACGCCAGCUUUGUGGACCAGGAAAAGGUUGGUGCAGGAUUUCAAUUCAACGCCGGUGGACCGACCACCAUUCCCGGAGCUGACGCCUUUUUGCGCGCAAAGCAGCGAGCACGCUCGGUCCCCCGCGGCCGCCAAUCGCCCCUCAAAAAGACGUAUACCUCUUCCAACGAGUCGGUUAGCGGCGCAACUCGUCCGCCGAGCGAGACAAACGAUGCAGGUAAGAAAGCCAGUGCCUUUGACGCCGGUCAAUGGCAAGCGGAAUUCGGUCCGCAUACCUUUGUUCCGCCCCCGCCAGCCAAGAAAUCGUCGACUUCGCCUACACGAAAUGUGCGACCCAUCCGUAAGCCGAGGCCGGUCAAGAUGACUGCGGGCACUGCUGGCUUGGUGGAUGAAGAGGAGACAAGCAGCAGCGAGGGAAAGAGCAGGUCGAACUCGGCAGCUGGUGUCGAUGAAAGUGGCAUCAAUGGCGGAGCGCCUAGCCCUAUGGCUAUGGAUAUCGAUGAGCCUCCCCCGCCACCUACGCCGGCACACGCUGUUCCUCCCGCCGCGCCGCCUCCGACUCCCGCUCAUGGCAUUCCCACCAUUAUCAACCUAAACGGGGGUAGCGCGCGCAAUGUCAACUUGGAGCCGUCCAAGCCAGAAUGGCGCGCCGGUAACCUCAACAACAACAACAACGGCGUCAAGACUUCCAAUGGCGGUACUAGCUCUCGCCGUAGCAGCAGCGCUGCCAAUGCUACUCACCGACCAAUCCCAGUUCCCAACGCCGGCUCAGAGGACAGUGACCUUCGCCCCAUCUUUGGCAACUUUGACGUCGACAAACUGGUUAGCCCCAGCGGCACAGGCCUAAGUUCGUUCUCGGCGGACCUCAAAACCAACCUCCCUUUUGAAUCAAGGGCGUCAACUACACUCCCGCCGUUUGAGCGCGAAAAGAUCAAGCCCAAGAACAUCAACUUCCCCACGCCACCCAAGGCGCCCAGCCCACCAGCUGCUCUGGCAACCCCUAGUCAGGUGACGCCCUCGCAGUGGGCGCUGUACGCCGAACAGUUCAAGUUGUACAUUCACCAGUUCAACACCUUCAACGGGCGCGUUGUCGACCACUUUGCCGCCCGCAAGAUCAAGAACGAGCAAAAGGGCCCCGCGUGGGUCACGCAGCUGGGCGACAAGGAAAUGUUGGAGUAUUUGGCGUGGAUGGAGGAGGAUAAGACGGUGAUGCAGAAGUGGGCCCAAGCUAGGGAGGCGCACGAGCUCAAUGUGAUGGAAUUUGCAAGGUGGAAGGAGAGGACGAAAACUGGUUUGGGUACGAGUGGCCGAAUGACGAGUGAGGAGUGGGCAAAGGAUUUUUGGAGUCAAGGGGUGAAAAAAGGGAGUUGGAGGGAGUGGAAGAUGCGAUUCGAGAAUGAGGGCGAGAUAUUUUGGGUGCGGCAUGGGGAGGUGAUUAAGAAAGUCACAAGCCAGACCAUCAUGACCGCGAUGGUUUACGAGGCUCUUCUCAGACUUGGAUUGUUCAGUCAGAUUGGCGAGACGGUCUUGAAUCUGAUUAUGGGAGCGGUCGUUGUGUUGAUUUCGGGGUCUGCGGCGUGGUUUUUGUCCAAGUUUGCUGUGGACGACGAAGACGAAAACGGAACCGAACUCUUGGGUGAGCACGACCAUAACCAUGGACAACAACGGCAGUACGAAUACCAAAAUGAUGAAUCACGUCAAGGGAUGAGUGAUAUCGAAGAAGAAGAAGAAGAUGCCGACGACGAAGACCAAACCGAGCCCGAACCGCCAUCUUCGUCAGCUUUAUCCGAGUCAUCAUCAUCAAUCGAAGAAGACUACGAAGGCUCCGACUACGUUUUCGAAUACGAAUCCGAUUAUUCCGACUAUCAACCCCGUCGACAACGAUCGCGUAGCCGAAGCCAUCAGGAAGUGGAUAUUGAAGUGGAAUACCUAUCCAGCUUCUCACUCGACGAAGCCGAAGGAUAUUCGUACGGAGGUGGUGAAGAUGGUGGUCCUGGUGGACCGAGAUACGGACAGGAAGGAGGCGAGGGGUAUAUUUCGAGUUGGUCGGAGAGAGGAGAGUCGGAUUAG